AUGUUACCAAGAGCCCGUCGCGAACGGGGCUCGAAAUCAAGCACCCCUCGACCAUCCAAACCCAACACUUACCAGCCUAUCUUGUCUAUUUUAAAGAAGGCUGAUUUGCAAGAUGAACUUCCGGAAUUCGCCGUUGUCAAUGUCGAAAUCUGGGCACGAGACGGUAGUCAGAUGAUGAAUCUGAUGGAUUCAAAUCUGAGAGGCGGGUUCAAAAUAUACGGAAGCUUGAGGCUAACUAAGGAACAGAACAAAUACUACUGCAAAGGCGCGCGUAAUGGACCUUAUGAUUUUGAGACCGAGAUCACAAGCUACGCCAUUGAUGCCAAUCCUCAAGCACAGAUAUGGGUUGGCACUGUCUGUGGUUGGCUGUACAUUCAGCAGCCAUCUGAGCAGUAUGCUGCGAUUUUGGCGGAUACGGCCACCAGUGUCAGUUUACUGUAUCAAUGUAUCGAUCUAGAGGACGAGAUCAAGGAAGAGAAGAGGCCGUUGAAGGUUGAAGACUUUUUAUUCGAGUAUGCUGUCGCUGAUGGUAGGGGCUUAAUGUUUAAUCAGCUCAAAGCUACAUUUGAGCAUCACGCCAUAUCAAUACUGAGUCAUAUGCAUCCAUUGGACCCCAUGAAGAAGAAAAGGCUUUAUCAGUGGUUGAAAUAUGCCUUUCCAGAGCUACACAAAUACGUGGCUGAUCAAACCAAAGCUUUUCUUGAAAGGCAGCAACUUAUUGCGAAAGGUCAACAACAAGAGAUCCCCACCCGACAGCAGUCGCCAGUGCGUCGCCCACCACCUCCGGCCUACCCUGCAAACCCUGUGGUUACCACUCAUGCCCCUUCUACUUUGAUCUCAAUCAGUAGCUCCUCGGAUGAUUCUCGCGAAGCGACACCUCAACUAUCCUCUUCCCUUCCUAUUCGCAAUACCUCAAACAACCCGCCUUCUGCGUCUUCAUUACACCUUCCAGGCCCAGAUGGCGAACCCGCCAGACUUCCACCACUUCAGGUUAUGCUGGAUCUCAUUUCCGUCCAGGACCCAAAGACGAGCAAGAUGACGCUUGCUACGAUAUCGAACACGUUGUACAAUGAUUGGUCAUUUUGGUGGCCACCAUUGGCUCGAAACAUGGCCAGACUAUACUCUUCUGCUAUAAUGGAAAGCUUACCUCCAGCUUGGAGGCAUACACGUCUCUACGAAUCGUUGGAAGAAGCCAGCCAGACGUUUUGCUCUGCAGCUCGGAGGAAAAAGGAAUUGGCAGCAGCUCUCAAACGGCCUGCUCGUCCCCCAAGAUCGAGAGGUUCUAUGACAGUCGCGCAAAUUCAUGAAAUCUCGGAAGACGAGUGGAUUGCUGAGGCUGCUGAAUACAAAACCAUAGUGCAUAGAAAAAGUAAAGUCAGACCUUCUGGCAAAUGGGAGUCGAGAAAAAACGAGCACGCAACAACAUCAAAUUAUAACCCACUACCUGCCGAUUAUCCUACCAUUGGCAAUACCGAGAAUACGAAAAAGGAGGUUGUCACAAAAAAUACUCAAAAACAAGCCCAUGAGCAAUGGAAAGAGAGUAUCACAUCUCGGUCACGCUCCCCCUCACCCGACCCAACUACCUACGAAUACAAGAAACUACGAGUCGAAAUCAAACAACGAAAACUCCCACCUCCACCACUCCCCCUCUCACAACAAGCCACCCCGCGCCCAACAGUCGGCAAACUCGAAAUGAAAACGCCUCACUCUCAAAAAGGCCUCCCUCACACCCUCCAAUCCCACCCCUCCGGCAAACUCACCCGUCUCCAACCCAAAUCCUCCAAACGCCCUUCCUUCACCUCCCCCGACCCCCGCUCCCCAAAACGCACCCGUCUCUCCCCUUCCACCUCCGAAGCCUCCUCCCCCACGCCUUUGAACCGCGAAACCUCCCCCUCAACCUCCUCCAUCACCUCCGACGAAGAAGAACAAGAAAAACUCAAACCCUCAUCCCUCAACAUGACGCGCGGUCCCAACGGCAGCAUGCGCUGUCUAGGUCCGCAAUGCCAUUUCGUCGAGUAUGCGCCUGAUGCGCGCGAGGGACGGGAGCGCAUGGUCGGCCAUUUCGCGGCGCAUGAGAGGGAAGAUCCGGUGUUGGUGCUUGCGAAACGGGAGGCGAAGUUGAAUGGGAGGAGUGUGGGGUUUUUGAUGGAGAAGUUGCUGGAGAAGGAACGGGAGGAGGAGAGCAGAAAACAAGGCGGGGCUGGGAUGGGGGGUGUGGGGAUUGUGAGGAGGGAGUUUUAG